AUGUCGGGUCAUUACCAGCGCCCUUUUCCCCCAGAUCGCCAGGGAUCUACAUCUGCUAACGUGUUCAUCUGUAGAUUUCAGGGAAGCACUGGGAGUCCGCUAUCUCCGACUCCUUCCAACGUCCCCGUCUCCUUCAAAACAAAUGUCAAUCGGACGAAGACGAAGCGAUGGGUAGAGGCCAAGUCGUAUUCCUACGAUGGAGGCGACUGGGGUGGCGAUGAUGACUACGAGGAGGAAACUCCUCCUGUACCCGCUCCGCCAGCAGGCCGUCGAGAUGACUCCCGCUCGCAGUCGAGUAGCGCGCCUCGCUCUGGAGAUCGAUCUCUCUCACGAGAUCGAUUAGGAGGCAACGAUCGACGCAACGAGGCUCCCAGUCAAUUGUCCUCGGACAAACCAGCGGACGCUCCCAGGGAAAGCGUCGACUCCUCCGCAGCCAAACCUCCCACCUUCGUUCGACCUGCGGACAUUUAUAAGCGCAUGCAGGAAGAGAGAGAAAAGGAGCAGCAGAACCGCGAACAGGAUGCAUUAUCCCCUGGCGACACUACGUCGGCGCCGUCCCAGGCUGGUCCGUCAGUUUCGUUACCCGAGUUGAAACGAAUGUCAGGUUUCGGUUCGGAUUUCUUGAGUGGCACAAACCAGUCCAGUCAGGAGACACAGCCGGCGGAGAACGCCGCAGCCGGUCAAGAGCAGGGUUUACACCACAAUCCUUCCCUUGGAUUCCGGUCUGUGGUCAAUCAGGCGUUCGAUGUUCCGGAAACACCGAGCUCCACGGUCGACAGCGUGGUCAGGUCAAACAGCGACAGCACCUCGGUAAUCAGUCCCAUCACAAGCAACCGUAUUCUGGACAACGAAAAGACACCGACCAUCACCGAGGAACCUGCGGAAAUGGCCCCCGCAGCUUUUCAGCCGGGGUAUCGACGGGACUUGACAGUCCCCGCCCCUGGAAAUGGGCCAGAUAAAGUGCCUGCGGUAUCCACCGCCGAAAACCUCCCUCAAGCAGAACUCGCUGAGACAUCCACCGUGACUCCCUCACAAUCUCAAGACAGUCUCGAUGCAAACCAGGCUCAGAGGGAGUCAGAUCCGGAUAACGGGACGACCCAUGCUCCGUCCCCAGAACCGACGAAGGCUGCUCACGAAAGCGUUCCUAGCGAGCCACAAUCCCAACAGGGCUCUUCCACGGGUACUAUUCCAGAAAUCCUACCAUCAAUGAGCACCGAGGCUUCACCGCAAGACCUGGAGAGCGACCGGCUGCGGAAGGAGAUUAUUCGGUCCCUGAGUCCAGAAUCGCCGGAGACUAAGGGCUCGUCAACACAGGCGCCGCAGGCGGAGCACCUCGAGCCACGACCCCGGUAUGACAGUACCUAUCUUCCUACGGAAUAUGACAGCUAUUGGAACGAGGAGCAGGACAUUACUCCUACUAGUCCUCUGCACCCCAAGCCCCCGGCGUCGUCCAAGGAGCCUCUUACCCUCACCAUCAAUCCUAAGCCUUCGAAUGAGGCAGCAUCCACGGAACGUGCCGAUGAUGCUGAUGUCUCUGACUCUCAAAAUCCUCAACUAAAGAAGCGCUUUUCAUGGGAAGAGUCUGAUGAUUCCGAGGAAGAUAUUCUUGAAGACCCUUCGCAACCUUCAGAACCUGUGCCGCCCUUUCAGACGUCUGAAAAGGAGUCUCAAUCUGAAGAGAAAGCGGCUGCGCCCAAUCCAGAAGAUGCUGGAGCUCUCAGUGUUCCAAGCAAUCAAGUAGAGAAAGAGAAAGAGAAAGAGACCGUCACAAGUCAACCUGAACCUUCACAUAACCAGCAGCUUUCACAGGUUUCCGGUCAACCGGGCAGCGAGCCGAAACUACCCGGGUUUCGCCAGAUUCUGGAGAUUAAGUCUCAAGAGAAGAGAAUUCAAACCUUCAAGGAGACAAGAGAACAGUUUGCAGUCAUCGACACAGGCUUGGCUAACUGGAUUCGGUCAACCGCUGACGCUCUCCCAGAACAUGCCGACCUGGUGCAACGCGACGGCCACCUUCCAGCUGGAGCUACCAGGCCUGUGCCUUCCAGAGCUAAGUUCCCGAAGUUCUCUUCGCUUGGAAAUCUCUCGCUAGCGACGCUUGACGAAGCUGCCGGCGCAGGUCACGCGAGGCGUCCGUCCGGUGCUCCUCUCAGCGGUAUGAUCAACAUGCAGAACGUCGAAUCGAAAGGGAAGGAUCUGCUUCACAGUGCUGGGGUGCUCGGUGGUAAGGCUGGUGGGGCAGCGCGAGGUUUCUUUGCCAAGGGCAAGAGUAAAUUGCGAGGGAGCGGAGGCGUCGACAAGGGGUCUUUGUCGAUAUUUGGCCAUCGCAGGAGCUUGCAGCUGGACGAUGUGCCCAAGAUAUCCAACCUAGAUCGAGAGAAGCCAUCUGGCGAGCCAUCUGGCGAGCCAUCUGACAAGCCGUCUGACGAGCCGUCUGGUAACUCAUCUGGCAAGCUAUCCCCCCAGCGCCUUUCGGUCAAAUCUGGAGGCGUGCCUCCUCGGCUUCCUUCAUUUAGAUUCCAUGAGAAACAGUCCUUUUCGCAGUCGUUUAUUGACACCGCUGCUUUCUCAACAAACAACGCAGUUCCUCCCCGUGCUUACUCAGCGCAAGGAUUUUACGACCAGGAAGCACGGCGGAAAUCGCUACUGCCGGUCUCCGAGGAGCCCUCUUUGUGGACGAGGUCAGAGACGCCAUCCAUCGAUAGUUCUUUGACUCGGCGGAUGAUGCAAUCCGAGGGCGUCACGGAGAAUACUGGGUCGUCGCUCAAGAAUCAGCCUGUGGCCGAUCUAUAUUCAGCUGAGCGAGAUCAAGAUUCGUGGAGACCAUCGAAUCAAGGCCUCUCUGGAGAGAACCGCUCCGAUUUCCCAAAGUCUCAACUGGACAUCUCAACAGGACGUGAUUCUCCACGUCUAUCCCUGCCUCGUCUUCCGGCUCUGGAUUUAAAUUUUUCUGAGACUCCGGGUAUUCGAGAUUCCGCAUUGAACGCGGAGUCUAGCCCCGAUUCAAUAAUUCACCUGACAGAUUGCGAAUUCGACGAUCCGCCUAGGAAUAAUAGGACAUGGAAGCGCAAUGCAGAUUCCAACUACGGAACAUCCCGUCCAGUGUCGCCGGAGAACCUCAGAGUAUCGCCCCUGCCAGAGGGAAGGGACAGACGGUUAUCAUCAGCGUCCCAGGUAUCGGCGAUUAGUGAAGAGAUGGAUGCGGCUGCUGCCACAAAGUCAAAUGCCCCAUCGGUGUCACAAAUCUCUGCCAUUAGCGCAGAAGUCAUCAAUGCUAUUAACGGGGGUCUUGACGGAGACACGUACCGGUCAGAGCCAGAAGAAGCAGACGACAAGAAACAUAAUGGUUCUGAGGUGGCUAAUGUAGACAAAGCUCUAUCAACGACAAAGGAGACCUCGGAACAGCAGAAUGGGGAACAGCAGAAUGGGGAUAAUCAACCCCCUAGAUUUUCAUUUGAAAGCGAGGGAAAUAGGCCUGUGGUGGAUAUCCCGGUUCACGUCUUGGAAGAAUUCACGCGGGCUGGUGAGGAUGCUCCUGACGAGCCUCCACCACCGUUUCCUGAGCCUGAAGCGGACUAUCUGGAGGACAAGAAGGAAGAAACUGAAGAAGCCCCGCCAUAUGAGUCUACAGCCCCAUCCCAGACGACGCAUUCUGAUGCAAGUGCCGGUCUCGGUAUAUCAGCAGCACAGCAUCCUCCGGCCUCGCAGCCUCCCCAGGAUCCUCCCGUUCGUCAACCCGACAAGCCUUUACCAACCAGGCAGAAUGGACCUACCUGGAGGCCAAUUCCACCUAAGUCUCACUCUCACACGUCCUCAGCUCCAUCGCCGGGAAAACCUAGUGGCAAACCUGCUGUCAAUGUUCGUCGUUAUUAUGCAGUUCUCAAUCAGCAGGCUCAGCAGCAGCCACGGCAAGAGCAGCGUCGCGAACAGGUCAGUCAAGGCCAAGACAGGCAGCAGAACCGUGCACAAGCAGAAGCGCAAGCGUCUUCCAGUCGUGACGCAGGGCACUUCCCCGGCCACGAACACCGGAGGGGAUCUUCGGUGCCGGAGACGACUGCCACGCCGAACAGUUUUCGUGGGACUCUGAGCAGACCAGACACGGACAGUCAGGGAAGUGCCGACAGCAUGAUAGCCAAUGCGGCUACCUCUCGUCUUGAUCUGCGCGCAGAGCCGUCCCCAUUGAAUCAGCACGAAAAAUCUUCGCCCUCGAGUUCCCAGCAGCUCAAGAAUAAAAUCAUGAAGAUCGGAAAGUUGCCUCGGAUGUCGGUUUCGGGGGGCAAUGCUGCUUCCGCUGAAGGGAAGAAGAUGAGCUCUUUGAUCAGCGGAUUCUCUAAAUCCUCACCUAAUGGCCACCACGCCAAAGCAGAAAGCCAUUCUGAAGGCAAGCGACCGGUCCCUCAGCAUAACCCUCCGGCAGGGCAGCCCCAGCAUACGCCAUAUGCAGCACCUUGGAACGGGCAGAGUCAGCAGCCAGCUCCAUAUUACUACGGCUACAACACCGUCUUGGAACGUGGCCCACCAGUGCAGCAGUAUAAGCAGACUCCUCCCCCUGUGAGCAAUGGUUCGUUUGCGGGACAGCCUCCACCUCCAGAAGGCUACUACGCUCCCAGGCCUGAAUAUAGCCCCUAUGAUCCGUCUUACAUUGGCGGGUAUUACCAACAGCCGCCCAUUCCAGGACCGAGUGUUGCGCCGAAUCCGGGGUUCUACUAUCAAGCUCCUCCUCCAGCUGUUCCGCCGUCACAGUUCCAAUAUCAGUAUCCGGUUGCUGCUCCACACCAGCCAUAUACAUCUCCUCCCUCUCACGGGCAUUCCAGCCCGUCAAUGCAUUCGGCGCAUUCUCCCGCUGGCACGUUCUCGCCACCUUUGCCUCAAAGAGAUUCAUCCAGCCCGGAGCGUGGUCGCAGCCGGGCAGAGGAGCUCCACAUGCGAUCGCGGAGCCCGCGGACCUACCUGGGACGAAGGGAGGAGCAGAGUAGUGCCACGACGGACUACUCCGAUCCGGCGCACCGGUUGGGCAAGUUCAAUGCCGUGCCGGAGACGCCUCGGAUCGGGGAUCAGGAGCGGCCGUGGAGCAUCACCUUGCCCGAGGACCCGGACGAGGGGAUCUCGUUCCGUCGGCCGUCGUACCAGGUGCUUCAACAACGUGCUAGACAGGCGGCUGCUGACGAUGACGACGAUCCUCGCUCGCGACCGCCUGUGCCUGCUAAGGACGUGCCAGCAGGGGGUGCUCCGCGGUCUCAGGCCCAGGCGUCGGGAUCCAGUGGCCAGACCUCAUCUUCUGCCAACGGGAACCAGCUGCGCUCUGACGCGAACAGCCGGUUGCCUCGUCGGUAUGAGGAGGGGACGGUCAUCGACAAGACGGUGACGCCGGUGGAGCUGCCUGUGCCGGGGGACGACUCGAGCGAGGAGAUUGUUAUGUCGAGCACGGCGUAUCCGGGGCAGGAGUGGCAUCCGGCGGGCUACGAGCACUGGAUGCCUUAUUAA